AUGAAGCAUAGAUAAAUUAGGCCUUAAAGUGCUAAGCUUUCUUUUAAUUCUAAUAGCAUUAUAAAAGAAACAUUUAAAACAAAUAGACCAACUAUAAUAAAAAAAUAAAACACUUUCCAAAAGCUUGAUACAAGAAAUACAUCUAUUGAUGAAUCAAACUAUGAUUAAUCACCUUACACAAUAGGCAAUCAGAUUAAAAUUCGCAAGACAACAAAAAAGGAAUCUUAAAUUUUAAACAAAUUACUUGAUACCAAUAGGCUUUCUAAUCCAAGCUUAAUUUAGCAUUCUUUUAGCUUCUUGAGAACAACAAGACCUCAAAGCGGAUAUACCAAAUCUUCAUUUGGAGAGUCUUCCACUUUUUAUGGUUCAUAUAAAUAGGAUGAAUGGAAUUUUGAUGAAUUUCAAUAAACUCAUAAAAAAGACUUAUAUUUAGAUUCAUUUUAAUUAAAAAAUGAAUACCACUAAUUGCAGGACGACAAUCUAAAAUUAAAGUCUUCAAUAGUUAAAAUCGAAUAAAAGAUUGGUUAAAUGAAACGAUAAAUUGCAGAUUUCAAAGUACUUUAGUAGUUUGCAGAGCCUUAAUUAAAAGACUUACCAAAUUUAUCUCCUUAAAAGAAAAAAUUAAUAGAGAGUAAUCAUGAAAUUAACUCUCUGAAAAGGGAAAUUAAAGCUCAAAGAGAUUUGAUUGACUAAAAAGUUUUAGAAGCAGAUGAAAUUAAAAAGAUGUUGAGAACUUCUGACAUAACUGAAUUGGGAUUAGAAAAAAAAAUACUUUUAGAUGCAUAAUAAGAGUAUAAAGAAAAAUUUGAUAAGGUUUAGCUUUAAAAUAAAGUUGGACUUCUACUAUAAAGAAAUGAUUAUUAGCAGCUUGAAGAUAUCUAUUAAUAAAAAAUAAGAGAUUUACAAAAAUAAAAUGCUAAUCUUAGCUCUAUCCAUUCGAAAUAAUUAGAUUAGACAAACAAAAUAAAAGCAAAAAACAAUAACUUAAAUUAAUAAGCUGCUUAACUUCGUCGUUAAAUCUAAGAAACGGAGGCUAGGAUAAGAAUUGUUAAAGAAGAAAAUAAGACAAAGAAGGGCAAAUAAGAAACUAACAAAUAAGCAUCUCCUUAAGCUUCAAAAGAUAAAGUAUAUAUAAGGUAAUUAGAUGAUGAAAAGCAAUAAAUAUUAGCUGAAAAAUUAAGCUUAUAAGAAUAGCUUAAUUAAGAAUAAGGAGUUGAAUAAACAAAGAAGUAGGCAAUUGAAUCUUCAAAAAAUACAUACCUUAAUGCAAUAGAUCAAAAAAAAGAGGAAAAUUAGGAUUUAAAAGAAUAAUUGCAUAUUAUUAGACAACAAAAUAUGGAAUUAAAAUAUAAAUUAUAAGAACAUGACUAAACUCAAUUUUAGGAGAAUAGUGGAAAUGAAGAAGAAGGUAAUACAAUUGAUGGAUUAAUUAAACUAAAAAAUAUGAAUGAAGUUUAGAUGAAUAAAAAUAUGAAUAAAAAUUCUAGCUCAAAUUUAAAUGGAAACAAUCGCAAAAACAGUAUAAACAGCUAAAAAAGCAGUGAUAGAGAUAGUCUUCAAUACACUCACUCUAAGUAUGGCGCUUCAGCUCAGCAAAAAGCAAUAUCAAAUUAUUCUCCAUUUUAAACAACUAACAUAAAAAAUAAUCUUCUUUCAUCUUUUAAAAAUGGUUCUUAAGAGAAAGUUUAUUUGCCUGAAAUUUACAACAGUUAAAACCAAGACAAAGAGUAAUUUGAAUCUUCUUAGAAAAAGAAUGGUGAAGAAUAAACUUCAUAUCCGAAUUUAAGCAGUAAAAAAUAAUAAAAGGCUUAUCAAUAACCUUAAAAUUUGCAAAAUAAUUAACUUUAAGAAUUACCUCUAAAUGAAUAAAAUUUAGAUUAAUAAACUCCAAAAACAUCUAAAAGACUUGAGUUUUUUUAUAGCUCAGAUGCACAAAAGAUAAAUAGCUAACCACAAGAUUAGUUAGAUGCUCCAAGCAACUAGCCUUUCGUUUUUAAUUCCGAUUCUAUGAAAUAAUUAAAAAAAAAAGAAUUAGGAUUAAAUAAUUUAAACGAUUACGAUUAAAACAAAAAGCAUCUAAACACUGACACUAAUUCAAACAAGUCAGAUCGAAAAUUAUUUGACAAAAAACUAAAUAAUUUAAAUGAAAACAGAAGAUAAUCUGAAAAUUCCCAUUCAAAUAGUAAUUUUGAUGACAGUCUUUAAAGCAGUGCAAAAAAUUCCACAAGAUAACUCAGCUUAUUUUAAAGACUUUCAGAAUAAAAAAAGAUAAGAAAAAUAUCUGACAUGACUGCAUCUGUUUAUAGCAAUGACAAUGUCUUAGAGAAUUCAGUUGGAUCUGAAACUAGUGCAAGAGAAAACAUUUGCUACGUAGAUGUUGAAAGAGAAAAUUUUAUUGAUUACCUGCAAAAAACUAUUGAUUUAGAAAAAGAAUGUUCAAAAUUUGAAAAUUUAAUCCAAAGUAAAGAAUUAUUGACUUUCCCUAAUCCACAAAACACUCUCAUGUAAAUUGUUUUCAACUAGAGCACACACAAUGUUAUUAAUAACAUAUUCGGAUUCAAUUCUAACUGCUUUAAUUAUGAUGUAAGAAAGUAGAGAGUCAAAUCGUCACUAAUUAUCUAAGAUAUCAUCUUAAAAUAUCUAGAAGAUUAAUCUGCAAAGAAAUCAUUUUAAAUAAGAUAGUAUGAAAUCCAUAAAAUUGUUUACGAAAAGAAAAGAUUUGAUCACAGUAUGAUGGUACCUGUGACUCUUGGUUUUUCUCAUAUUCUCAAAUAAUUAUCAGUCAAUAUCAUAGCUCUUCCUGAACUUUCAAACUCUUCUUUUGAAUUUAUUAAUCAAUUCUAGAUUGGCAAUAAAGAAGCAUACAAGGCUAUCAUAAAAAGAACAUCACAAAGCUGCACACUUAUAUCUUUCCCUUUAGAGACUAGCUUUCACAUAGAAAUGCUUCUUAAAGAAAUCGAACUUAUUAACAUAAUAUAAAGUCACUACACCCUUAAGCCAUUAUGCAGUUACAUAGAUCGUGAAGAAUAAAAGUAUUAUCUGAAUAUAAUUUAUAUACCUCUGAUUGGUAAUUUAGAAGAUUUCCUUGAGAAGUAUGAAGUGUAAGAAUCUGAGAGAAUCAAGUUGUGCUAUCAAAUUGCACUCGGAAUAUAGGACAUUCAUCUUCAUAAUUACAUACACACUCAAAUAAGUCCUCAAAAUAUCAUGAUUACAGAAAAUUUUAUGCCCCUUAUCACUAGUUUAAAAGAAUCAAGCUCUUUGAGUGAAUAGAAAUUAGAAAAAGAUUAAAAUUCAAAAGAUAAUAAGUAAGAUAAGUCUAACUUACCUCUAACAUAUCAGUGGAUAUUAACUAAAGGCAAUACUUGGAAUUAGAAAAACUAAUUUACAAAUUAGGAUGCUACAGGAUCCUAUGAUUUUUCUUUUGAUAUAUUUAGUUUAGGUCUGAUAAUUUAUCAUAUUCUAACACAAAAGGAAAUACCAUCAGAAUUUAAUGAAAGUAGUUUCACCAAUUUUGACGAUUUAAAGUAGAAGCUAGCAAAUUUAGAUGACUUACCAAUGGAAUAACAGAUAAUAAUAAAGCUUUGUCUUGAAAAGUAGACAUCCAUUUAAGGAAUAUUGUAUCGUCUUAAACAGCUUAUAGAAAAAUCAGAUUUAGAUGAAAUACAUAAUCAAGAAAUGUCGAUGAAUAUGCUACCUUAGGAGCAAACACCUGAAUCUUAGAGCGAAGUUUUCUUUGAAAAAGGUAGACUUAUAUCACCAAUUCAAAGCGGAAUCAUAGAUGGUGUAGGAAUGCUUUUCAGGACUAAUAAUAUUAAUUUAAAAGGUAAUAACCCCAAUAACAGAAAUACAAGAGCUGAUAAAAAAGAUGAAGAUUUAGUAGUUUAAAUGGAAUGCUUGAUUGGUCACUUUAAGGGAGAAUAAAUUCAUGGAAAAAGUAUUUACAUAAGAUAAAAUGAACCUUACAUAUAAUACAUGAGAGAGUAAAAUGGUAAAAAUAUUUAUAUAUUUGACAGCACAACAGAUGAACUCAUCACCUGUUCACUUCAUAAGAGCUAUCCUUCAAUUAAAGGAGAGCUAGAAGAAUCAUUCCUAGAUAAAAUUUCAGAUACAUUGCAAUCGGCAACCCAUUUGGUUUUACCUGAUAAAACAGAGCUUAUUUGCAAUCCUAAAAAUCAUUCUAUAAUAAUAAAGAAACCUGGCUUUGGUGAAAUCCACUAUUCUCCAAUAAAUAUAAAAUAUUAUCUUCCAAACGAUGAAUACAUUCUGAUAGAAAAUUCAAAGACUUAUAUGUACAAAUCUUUAAAUUCGUCAUUAAAUAUAGUUCUUCCUACUUCUGGCUGCAAAGAAAAAAUUCAGCUUUCAUCCAAGGAAUAUUUCUUUGAGUUCAUUAAUGUAAACCCAUAUUACAUAAUAACUUUAAGCAAAAAGAACAAUGAAAAAUAACCUGUAACAGCAAUCUUCGAUUCCAAUUUUUAUUUAAACACCUUCCUCCCAGCUGAAAAUUCAAUAAAAAUAAGUACUAUCUAAAUAAAUGGAGGAUACUUAGGUUUUGCAAUAAAUGUAAAGCUGAAUUCUGUUAUAUUUGGAGUAUUUAAGUCUCCAAACGAAACUAUACUCUUAGAAGGUUUUAAAAUUACAUCUAAUUCCAACUAAUUAUUGUAGGAUUUUGAUGUAACUGAAUAAGAAAAAGAGAGCUAAUCCCCUUUAAAAAGUAUUAAAAGGGAGUUUUUUUCCAGUUAUCAGAACUGA